AGGAACUCACACCCUCUAUGGGUCAUGGAUAUCUGUGGUUACUCAAUUCUGAUGGAGUGCCAUAUCGCGUCACUGCUGAUGCCAAAAUAGAGCAUUUCACCGAUGCACAGUGGAAAGCAGAGCCUGUUUGCAUUGAUGGGGAGAGAAUCAGGAUCUGUCAGAUUGUUGCCGCCCCCUAUGCAGCGUUCGCACUGGACUCCCUUGGAGCCGUUCACCUCUUCAUGCUUUCCUCUCACUUGACCAUUCGGCAAAAAGUUGAGGUUUAUGCGAAUCAGCGAUGGUAUCCGAUGGUGGGAUGGUCGUCGCGUACUCUGCCGACAGAUAGGGCCUCCUUCACGAAUGAGGAUGGUACAAAAUCAGGAAAAAUGACUGGAUUCCAGCUGAAGUCAGAGGGUUGGCGGUGGGAGGAACCUUGGAUUGUUGACAUAGAUCUGCGGAGACAUGAUAAGGAGGGAUGGGAGUAUGCAACAAAUUUUGGAGCAGCGUGGAAGCCUGUAAAUGGUGCCGGCGUUUUUGUACGUCGAAAGCGAUGGAAAAGACACAUGCGCUAUACAAGCAUAGAGAAAUGGGCAGAGAUUCCACGAAGCAGCGGGACCAUUGUCGAGCUGGCUAUUGGCGGUUUCGACAUCUUGCCUCCACAGGAGUGCAUUCUGUUUGCUUUGUCAAAAAAUGGGAAAUUGCUAAGGAGAGUGGGAAUUAAUGCUAACAAUCCGGACGGAGAUGAGUGGCAGGAGAUAGAGGGCAUCGUGACAGAAGAAGAGAGGGAAGAACCAUCAAAGAUCAGCUGCUCUCCAUCACUGGGUACUUUGCUUGUGCUCACGUGGGAUGGCCGAUUGUUCUUGCGUAUCGGCAUUACUAAAGAGAGCCCAAAUGGUGUAUCUUGGUCUCAGCUGCUCACCCCUGAAAAUAAUCCCGUAGCAUUUGCUUCCAUAGGUACUAACUCCUUAUGGGCGACCACUGUAAAUGGAAAGUUGUGGAUGAAAUCUAUCGAGCGGGUUCAAACUAGUCAUGACCUACUGUCCUUUACAACAUCGAAAUAUUCUGAAAUUAGUGAUGGUAUCUAUGGUAUCUGCGCGAAUGCUAAAGAUCAGUUGGUUGGAAUCUCAUAUUCUGGCGUUGUUCAAGUUCGCGAAGGAAUCUCUAAGGCUGAACCUGCAGGCAGGGAAUUUCUGAAGAUUAUUCAGAGAACUCCGUCCGAACAAAAUAAAUGGUCCAUGGUGACAAAUGCUGGAGCUGACUACACAUCACUGCCGAAGCAUUGGAUUAACGAUCAUAUUACUGUGACGAAUACAUCACAUUAUAAAGACACAGCAUGGAGGAAACGGAUUUUGGAAGAUCUCUGCCGCGUCAACGAUGCCUGGUGGGAAGCAUUCAGAUUGGUAGGAAAUGAAUUGGAGGAAUUAGCUGAAGAGGAAAUGAGGCGCGAUUCUUGGAACCGAAGCAUUAGGGCAAAAUUGAGGAGAUCCGGAGAAAGGCGAUUUGUUGCUGGGAUGCUUUAUCUCGGUGAUCAUCAACUAGUGUUUCUACCCAAUACCGGCGUUGGCACCAUUGUGGCUUUGGUUGAGCUUACUUCGGCAGUACGUAGAUUUGACCAUAUCACGUCUUUGUUCACCAUUUGGGCAAGGUUCAAUGAAGAAAUAAUGGAAAUGGGCUUUUCGCAGGAAAGUGAUAGAGAUGAGUGGCAUGAGCUAUUGCAGCAGGUGAACAUAACAUACUCUAGUAGUCCGGCGGAUAUGCGCGCGCUUUGGACGGUAUCUAGUCAGGGCCUUAUUCAAUAUCAUAUGGUCUCAAAAGAUUCCUUCAGCAAAAUCUCAUACCCCUCUAGUCUGUGUAUUCCUGGAUGCAUGAAGGCUGUAUCUGCCGGAGCCCAAGGGAUAGUAUGGGCUUUGGCCAAGGAUGGAAGAGUUUAUGCUUUGUCGCCAGAAUUUAGCCCAGUAUGUGGAGUGACUGCCAAUUUGUCUCUUCCGCAAAAGACAGAAGUGCUCAGAGAUAUUACCGAGUAUCAACGGCACGCAUUCAUGCGUGGAUUUAUAUCAUUCCAAGGAGCUGUGAACGGAGUUUCUACCUGGAUGGAGGGGCUCGAUCCGGUUAGUGGGCUGUAUGAUAGAUUUCCGUCGCGGGAAUGGGCUUGGAUAGAUCCUGAAUGGAGAGUUGUAAGUGCUGACAAAUGUGAAGAUGGAUGGACUUAUUCGGAGAAUAUCAAUGGCUUCUACACACCCGAGAAAAAGCGGAAGGAUCGAUUUCGUCGUCGAUUUUGGCAGCGAAAAUGCCUCUAUAGUGGGCGAGGUCCUUGGAUUGCAGUCGAGUCUCCUGCAAUCCAAAAUAUCGAAGUACAGAAAAAUAGCGCAGACAGAAUUCUCGUUUGGGCAGUGACGAUGAAUGGGCAAGUUUUGUUGCGGCAGGGCGUCACUCCCGGACAUCCGGAAGGUGCCACCUGGAAACAUAUAGUCAGUGACUACAACAUAACUUCGGUCUCAGUUGCAACACCCACUUGUGUUUGGGCAACCACGGUAGAAGGCAGACUCCUCAAACGCGAGUGCGCAGAACAGAUAGACAUGGAAUGCACGGACUGGAUCGAAGUCUUAUAUUCGCCUUUGAGAGAUGUUUACACCUUUUGUGCUUCGCAGGGUUUCGUGUACAUACUGCCGGUUUCUGACCCAGUCCUUACCGUUGUAGAUGUCAAACAAGGGAAGUCCAAAAAGUCUUUGCCUCUUCCUAAAGCUAUCUAUAUAACGAUAGAUAACGAAGAUAACCUAUACCAUUGUGACGGCACGCAGAUAGUCAAACUCAGACGAUCUUCUGAUGUGAAUUAUUACGAGUGUGGGAAGAUCUACUUCCCAGGAUGUAUACAUUUUUGUUUUACAUAA